CAACAAUUCCAUUUUAUCUGUGUCCACAGAUAUAUUUGUUCAUCUUUGGUAACACACGUGAGGGCUUGAAGUGUUUUCUGUUUACGGACUUAAAUCAAAAAUUAAAUUUGUUUUAUUCAUAUUUAAUACCGACGUGGUCAAGAGAGAAUAUGUCGUUUUCAUCAGAUGAUUCUAGCUUUUCAAGCUCGUCCAGCAAAGACGGCGAUAGUGACCUCCAAGAAUUUUUGCUGAUCGAGAAGCAAAAAGCUCAAUUUAAUGCUCAGAUCCACGAAUUCAAUGACAUUUGCUGGGAAAAGUGCGUUGAAAAACCAGGAACCAAGCUCGACAGCAAAACGGAGACCUGCAUUGCGAACUGUGUGGAUAGAUUUAUUGAUGUGUCAUUACUAAUAACCAAUAGAUUUGCUCAGUUGCUGCAAAAGAACGCGAUGUGAAACACGCCUCGUGUGGGAAGAAAACAAAAGUGAACAGUCGUUUGUUACAGCAAAACCGACAGAUGAAGUGCUUCCUGGUUUUCUUCUUUCACACGCACACUUCAGUGUAGAGAAAUAUGCUGUACAUAUUGUUACAUCAGCACUUGUGUGGUGUGCUGGCUGUUGGAAAAAAAAAUGUUGUAGGUGUGUUUGUGAGUUAAAUAAAUUCUUGUUUAUAAAGUA